AUGCCCGUCGCAUGCGCCAAGACGCCGCAGACGUCCCGCGUCGGGAACGCCGUCCACACGCCGACGACCUCGGACGACACUCCAUCCAUCCUGCCACGCGCCUCUGCUCGUUGGCACGCGCGAUACCUCGCUGCAACGUCGCCCGAUCCUAGCAAAGUGCAUAUCCUCAGCCAUGGCCUGUGCGCCGACUCGUAUCGAUGA